AUGGGAUAUGCUAGGAGGCUUCAUCCCGAGGCGGAACGUUUUCCGACGGACGGCCUCCUAUUCGCUGGAAGCGCUGGUCCCGAACGAGUCAUUCCGAUUCGUCCAAUUUUCUGGGGUAAACGUCUGAGCGACAUCGACGUUCAUGACGCUUUGGCGAACCCCCUGCAUGCCAUGCCCCAGAUGAUCGUUCCGCUCAGCCCGCCGUACUAG